AUGAUAUUAGCCUUGCUUUUGCUUGGAAGUAUUGUAAGGGCCGAUAUAUUCGACAAUGCCAGCCUAGAAAAAGUUCUAAGUGAAGGCCUGAAGAGCGACAGCAGUGGUAAUUCGGGAGCCAAUAGCACCUCUUUAUCCCAAGCACCUAAGGAGGAAAAGUUGUCUUCAACCCUUACCGGGGCUUCACCCUCCUCCUCGUAUAGUAUACCGUCUGUAAGCCAAGCUUCAAUAUCGACAGUAACCUCUGGAAAAAAGAAUGAAGAGGAAACGCCGAUUAUAAUAAUAACUCAGGAAAACUCAAAAAGCAAAGGAGGAAAAGAACAAGAGGAAAGGAUAGCCAGCAUUGUGAAAAAUGCGAUUUCUGGUACUAAGUCUGGUACUAAACCGAAUACAGGAUCCGCCAUCAAAAAGGAGGCAGAAGGAGGUGAGGAGUCUGGUAGUAGUGAGAUUAAAGAGGCAUCAGAUGGAGGAGACAAGAAAGGUAGUCCAAACUCCAUUGGAAGCACUCUUUCUCCUGUUGUGGCAAAUGCCGUUGGAGGUAGUAGCAAUUUAGAAGAUUCCUAUUGGACAACUGUUAUUGUCGAUAACAAACUGAGAAAGGUCAAGGUCAAUGUCAAGGUCAUGACUGUUGUGGAAAGCAUCGAUGAUGCAGUAAAGUGCACCUCCAAAGAUGGUGAUACAAAAGAAAAGGAAAAGAAGUUCAAUUUCUGGAAUAAGGCUGAGGAAAAGUCUAAGGGUGGAGACAUUCCUACCACUGUUUCUGUUCCUUAUAGCAAAGAAAAGGAUUCAAAGAAAACAACGUCUCAGAGCUCUAAGACUUCCACAAAGAGCAGCAGUAGUGAUGGGAAGGCAAAGAAGACUGCUGAGGCCUCAAAGUCCGUCGAGCCUGAGGUUGCUUCAUCCUCUGUUUUGUCUGGAAAAAGCAGCGAAUCCAAGAAAGAGUCUGAAAGCACAAGUGCAUCUGUGAAGUCUAGCAUUGCCAGUGCAUCAGAAAGCACUGGAACUUCGAAGAAAGGCACCAAAGAUGAGUCUAUCAGCUCAAAGCACAAUAAGUCUGCUGGAUCUACAAAACCGUUCUCCGAAUCAUCUACAAAGCAUAAAGCUACAGAAAGUAAGAGCAUUACUGAAACUGCCACAAAAGAAAAGAAUAAGAAAAAAGAAUCUGUGUCAGCAACGCUUUCAAGCCGUGCUUCACAAGGGCUUUCUUCGGUGUCCAGCGUGGCAUCUUCAAAGAAUAAGAAGAAAGCUUCGUCUUCCAAGGAAAGUGCAAGCGCGUCAUCCAAGAUGCCAACUUCUAGUAUAUCUCAUAGCUCAAAGAAAUCAGGAACAUCAAAAGAUGCUAAGGACACAAAUGCCUCAAAGUCGGAAAAGGAAAGCAAGUCAGGAUCGGAGAAGAAGGAAGUCAAUCCCGAGAUGAAUGAGCUUUUCUAUGUUCUUAAAAACAUGCCUGGAAAAGUUAGCAUCAGCAAUCCCGAGGGAAAGAUGUUCGUGGAAGGGAACUUUGUUGCGCUAAAAGAAGAGAAGUUGAAAAACAAGAAAUUUAAGUUCUCAGGCUACAUCCAAGCAGAACAUAGUUAA